UUCCUAAAUUUCCCACAACAAUCUCUCUAAUCUCUAAUCACAAAGCAUAGUAACCACUUAAGAAAAUAUACUACUAGAGUAUUUAUUUUGUUCAUCAUUUUAAGAUGGCAUCAAGAGCUUUGUCAUCAAUUGCUAUCUUCCUAUGCCUCAACCUAGUGUUUUUCACUAUGGUAAGUUCCCAUUCUGUCCCCUGUCCACCACCACCAUCAUGUAAUAGAUGUACUCCACAACCACCUAGCCACGGUGGCCAAGGAGGGAACCCACCACCAGGGUCGCCUAGCCACGGUGGACAAGGAGGGAACCCACCAAUGUCUCCAACACCACCAUCAAAAGGAAACUGCCCCAUUGAUAUUCUAAAGUUAGGGGUGUGUGCCAAUGUGUUAGGUGGCUUGCUCGGAGUUGUUAUUGGAAGUCCACCACAGAGUCAAUGUUGCACUCUUCUUCAAGGGUUGGCUGAUCUUGAUGCAGCAGUUUGUCUUUGCACCGCUAUUAAAGCUAAUAUCUUAGGGAUUAAUCUCAAUGUCCCUAUCUCUUUGACUUUGUUGCUCAAUCAGUGUGGCAAAACUAAUACCUCCGGCUUCAAAUGCACUUAAAUAUGGAUAUGGACAUCGAUAUUUAAGCUUGCCAUGAAGUAAUAAUUACGUUACUAUACUGCAUGUUUUAUUCAAAUUUGUAUACGUUUGAUAUUUCUUUGGUACGUGUAAGUUAGUUUUGUUGGUGAUUAAGCUAGCUAGCUAUAAGCUAGAUAAGCCUGGCCUCCAUCACUUUCACCGUUUCACGCCUAAGAUUAUUGUUGUAACUUCUUCAUUCAAGUGACUAAAUAUACUUUAUUUACUUUCUCCGUUCCGGAAAUAUCACACCAUGGUUGACUU